CAGCCGGUGGGAGUACCGGGGCGGCGCCUUUCGCUCGCCGCCGCCCCUCGCGUGCCGCCACCGCGCCCCGGCGGUCCCGUCAGAGCCCGGUCCGCCCGCCCGCAGGGGGGCGCUGUGCGCCGCCGCCGCGCAGUGAGGCCCCGCCAGCCCCUCGGCCCGGUCCGCCCUCCGGUCCGCCUCGCCCCUGAGGCCUGGGCCGGCCGCGGGCACGGCCGCGUUCCCCCGGCGCCCCCUCAGGCCCUGACCCCGGUCCCCGCCCGGGCCGUGGGUGCCCGCACCGGGCAGCGCGGGCGGCCCUGCCCUGCCAGCCGUGCGUGGCGGGCGGGCUCCCGCAGCGGCCCUGGCUGAGGCAGCAUGGGGAAGAGCUGCAAGGUGGUUGUGUGCGGCCAGGCCUCCGUCGGGAAAACGUCGAUUCUGGAGCAGCUUCUGUACGGGAACCAUGUGGUUGGCUCCGAGAUGAUCGAGACCCAGGAGGACAUUUACGUGGGCUCCAUUGAGACGGACCGGGGGGUGCGUGAGCAGGUGCGGUUCUACGACACGCGGGGCCUGCGGGAUGGCCUGGAGCUUCCCAAGCACUGCUUCUCCUGCACGGACGGCUACGUGCUGGUCUAUAGCACUGACAGCAAGGAGUCCUUUAAGCGGGUGGAGCUCCUCAAGAAGGAGAUUGACAAGUCCAAGGACAAGAAAGAGGUCACCAUUGUGGUUUUGGGCAACAAGUGUGACCUGCAGGAGCAGCGCCGGGUGGACCAUGACGCAGCCCAGCACUGGGCAAAGGGCGAGAAGGUGAAGCUGUGGGAGGUGUCCGUGGCUGACCGGCAUACGCUGAUCGAGCCGUUCAUCUACCUAGCCAGUAAGAUGACGCAGCCACAAAGCAAGUCUGCUUUUCCCCUGAGUCGCAAGAACAAGGGCAGCGGAUCCAUGGAUGGCUGAACCUUGUUUUCCCUUCUCUUCUGUUGCCACCACCUCUCCCUCACCUCCCUCCUUCCCUUCCACUUAUCUCCUGCUGCGCCUGUUUGGUGUCAUGGAGCCUGCGGGAAGCAUGGUGGCACAAGGAACGGGCAUCCCAGGGCUGGGGAUGGUCUCUGAGGAUGAGAGAGGUGAGCCAUCUCGCUGCACUGGGACAGAGACUGCUCUUUUCACUGCCCAGCCCCUGCAGAUGUUGGAGGUACUACAGGAAAGCCAGGAUUCACCAAGUGACACCCCUCUGCGCUCCGGGCAGAGACCCGAGGGCCGUAGGCUGCUGGAGGGGAGGCACAGCACUGGGCUGGCCAGCAGGUGGGGAUCAGCUCCACGGCUGAGCACAGCCGGGCCAGAGGAAACUACUCCCUCUCCCCUGAGCUGCUCUCGUUUGUAUUUACUGAUGCCAUGUGAAAGAGCCCACUUGCUGGCCCUGCCUCCAGCCCAGCCACUGUCAGAGCAGCUCUCCCCUGUCCUGGCUCUGCAGCGUUCCCCAGCAGAUUACCCCUUACCUGGCAGUGCCCGCUGCUCCUUUAUGUGCAGAAAUAUUCAGUCAUCCUGCCCCAGUGAAUGUGUAGCGUGGAGCAGGGCAAGAUGCUGUUACUGAGGGCAGGGUGCCCAUGUGCACCACACUGUAGCCCUCCUCUUCCUGAGUGGGGACUCAGUCGUGACCUUGGAGAAGCUGCGACUGUGCUUAGGCUGCACACCCUGAUGCCUAGGGCUGUGGCAGCUCUCGCUGCCCAGCUGUCGUGGUGCUGACUUCUCUCAGAAUCUCCCCAAGACAAGGGAAGGGCAUCCUGGUCCCGCCCAGCAACACGUGUUCCCUUCAGCUAGUCUGGAUCUAGGGGGGAAAAAAAAAAUGACGAGAAAGCCCUGGCUUGUUUAUACUUGUUCCUUUUAUUUACUGAGUAACACAAUAAAGCGAUGAGAUUCGAUUAUCAAAA